AUUCACGUACUAAAUACAAAUACCAAUCAAUCCCUCACAGAAAGUGAAGAGCAUUGAGUCCCUUCAAAUCCUUCACUCAAUCACAAGCUUUUUGGUUCGCAAUGGCUUCCACGAGCACACACACAGUGUCUUCCUCUUCUACUUCUACCCCUAAAUGGAAUUAUGAAGUGUUCUUGAGCUUCAAAGUUGAAGACACUCGCAAGAACUUUGUAGACCACCUGUUCACUGCUUUGUCUCAGAGAGGGAUCUAUACCUUCAAAGACGACAAACAACCCAAAAGAGGGAAAGAUAUUUCACCAUUACUACUGAAAGCAAUCGAAGAAUCGAGGUUCGCUCUCAUCGUCUUCUCCAAAAACUAUGCUUCCUCCAAGUGGUGUUUGGAUGAAGUCGUGAAAAUCAUGGAAUGCAAGAAGACGAUGGGGCAGACGGUGGUGCCAGUGUUCUAUGAUGUGGAUCCUUCGGAAGUGCGGAAACAAACAGGGAGCUUUGCAUCAGCCUUUGAGAUUCAUGAGAAAGCUUUCAGUGGGAACAUGGAGAAAGUACAGAGGUGGAAGACUGCUCUGGUUGAAGCAGCAAAUCUUUGCGGAUAUAGCGUUCCGGAUACAGCGAACGGGCAUGAGUCAAAAGGUAUCGUACAAAUAGUUGAAGAGAUUUUCAAUAAGCUGAAUAAUACAUCUCCACUUGUUGCGCAAGAUUUAGUUGGAACAGAAUCUCGUGUGGAGAAAAUGGAAUCAUUGUUGUGUGAAGGGUCGGAUGAGGUUCGUUUUAUAGGAAUAUGGGGAAUGGGCGGAAUAGGAAAGACAACCAUUGUCAAAGCUGUUUAUGACCGGAACUAUCAUCAGUUUGAAGGUAGCUGCUUUCUCGCAAAUGUUAGAGAUGUCUCAGAAAGACAAGGUCUGGAAGCUUUACAAAAACAACUCCUUUCUGAAAUCCUCACGGGGAGUGAUAUAAAUAUACCUGACACUGUUAGAGGAGCAAAUAUAAUAAUGUCCAGACUACGUUUUAAAAGGGUUCUUGUCGUUCUUGAUGAUGUGGAUAAACGGGAGCAACUAGAUGCAGUAGCUGAAAAGCAUGGUUGGUUUGGUACUGGGAGUAGAAUCAUCGUAACGACAAGAGAUAAACAUUUGCUGACUUCUCAUGGAGUGAAUGAAUGUCACUCAGUUGAGGCAUUAAAUGAAGAUGAAGCUACCCAGCUCCUUUCUUUGAAAGCCUUCAAACAAAGCUUUCCUUCUGAAGGUUAUUUGGAGAUCUCAAAACAGAUAGUAGAUUAUGCUGGUGGACUUCCAUUAGCUCUUACAAUUUUGGGUUCUUUUCUACAUGGUAGAACAACGGAUGAAUGGAAAAGCACAUUGAUUAAGCUGCACAAAAUUCCCAACAAAGAAAUUCUCCAAGUGCUUAAAAUCAGUUUCGACGAACUGGAUGAAAUGGAGAAGGAAAUUUUCCUUGAUAUUGCAUGCUUCUUCAAAGGAAACCACGAAUGUUAUGUAACAAGAAUACUUGACAGUUGUGGCUUCUGCCCCGGGAUUGGAAUACCUGUUCUUGUUGAAAAGUCUCUCCUAACUAUUGCAAACAAUCAUUUUUGCAUGCAUGAUUUGAUACAAGAAAUGGGUUGGUAUAUUGUUCGUCAAGAAUCUCAAGAGUGUAGGAAACGUAGCAGGUUGUGGCUUCGAGAGGAUGUUUGUUCUGUGUUGAAGGAAAAUGCGGGGACAGGAAAAGUUGAAGGCAUAGGCUUGGAACUGCCUGAACUAGAAGUUGUUGACCUUAAUUAUGAAGCCUUUGCAAAGAUGAAGAAACUAAGGGUAUUCAAAGUCCACAAUGUGGUGUUCAGUAAAGGCCCUUCACAUCUUCCAAAUGAGUUGCGGUUGCUUGAUUGGCAUGCAUACCCUUCAGCCUAUCUGCCGGCAAGUUUUCAGGCAGAGAAUCUUGUUGAACUUAGCAUGUGUUAUAGCAGCAUUAAACAACUUUGGAAGAAAAUAAAGCCUAUGCCCAAGUUGAAAGUUAUCAACCUUAGUUACUCCCAUAGGCUAUCUAGGACCCCAGACUUCACAGUUAUUCCAAAUCUGGAGACACUGAUUCUUGAAGAUUGUACAAGUUUGGUAGAGGUUCACCCUUCCAUUGGAGUUCUCAAAAGGCUUGUUUAUCUAAGUUUGAAAGACUGCAAAAAUCUGAGGAGAUUUCCAAAUGGUAUUCACUUGGAAUCUCUUGAGACUUUUAUUCUAUCAGGCUGCUUGAAAUUAGAAAAGUGUCCAGAAAUAUUGGGGGAUAUGGUAUGUCUAUCAGAACUUAAUUUGGAUAGGACAUCCAUAAAAGAACUGCCCUCGUCAAUUGAACAUCUCACUAGCCUUACUUUGAUGGAUUUGAGUGAAUGCAAAUACCUUACGAGUCUUCCAAGAACCAUUUGUAGGUUGAGUUGUCUAAAAACACUCUCUCUCUGUGGCUGCUCAAAACUUGAGGAAUUGCCAGACGACUUGGGAAAUAUAAAAUGUUUAGAGGAGCUUCAUGCAAAUAAAACUGCCAUCAGACGACUACCGUCCUCCAUUAAUCUUUUGGAAGACCUCAAAGUCUUAUCCCUCAGUGGAUGCAAGCGAACAAUAUCUGUGUCAUUUUUUUCAUCUUGGUUUUUACCAAGGAAAUGUGAAGAUUCUCUGUGUUUGGUGCUUCCUUCAUUAACAGGUUUGAAUUCCUUAACAAAACUUGAUCUUAGUGAUUGCAGUCUGUCUCAAGGAGGGAUCCCCAGUGACCUUGGCAGCUUAUCCUCUUUGAAAGUGUUGAAUUUAAGCAGAAACAAUUUUGUUAGUUUACCUGCAACCAUCUCCGGGCUUUCUCAACUUGAAUUCCUCGACCUAGUAGGAUGCAAGAGGCUAAAAGCAUUACCAAAGCUUCCAUCGUAUAUCAGUUGUUUAUAUGCAGACGAUUGCCAUUCAUUAACAAGCGUCGGAGAUCUGUCUACAACAAAUAAAUCACUGCGGAGGGUCACAUUCACUAAUUGCUUAAAGCUGUUAGAGAAUAAAUGGAGUGAAAAUGUGAUGGAGGUGUUGCUGAGAUUCGUUCUAAAUUCAGAAUUCAUUAUUAUUUUACCGGGAAGAGAGAUUCCGGAGUGGUUCAGUCAUCAGAAAUUGGGUACUUCAACAUAUCUGCAACGGCCUCCAGAUUGGGAUAUUGGGAUUGUUUUGUGUGCUGUAUGUGAGUAUUGUAUUUCAAACUUAUAUAUUCAACUGUGUUGCCAUUUCCUAGAUCAUGAUAAUAAUCCAUGUGCUCCUGGGCUGUCUUGGUCUUAUUUAUAUAUACAUGGUACAAAAGUUGAUUCCCAACAUAUGAUCCUGAGCUAUAUUCCAACCCUAUUCUCUUCGAGUGAGGUUCGGAAUUCAAACAAAUGGCGCCAAGUUGAGGUUUACUUCGAAUUUGUUGAUCCGAAAAAUCGGUCAUGGAGGUUGCCAGUUACGAAAUGGGGAGUCCAUCUAGUGAAGAAGGAUGGGUGUGGGAAUUUGGGAUUCAUUGACGGUUCAGAUGAAGCAGCAAAAAGAAACACUCUCAAGAGAAAGCGUGAUGACUAUGACCGUGUUGAAGCAAAAGGGAAUGGAAGUGCCGCCUCUGAUGAUGAAAGCCCACCCGCUAAGAGAGAGUCUGCAUUUUGA